GUAGUAUUUCGUAACCGAAUCCGAAGAAUUUAACGAACGCUAGUAGCCAGCAUUUCUUAUACGAGUUUGUUUCAACUUAUAUCUUCUUUUGUUAGGCUGGGUGCCUACCUUAACAUUUUUGCUGUGUUGAGUUGGGGUGAAAAAAUGUCAAAAUUUCACUUCAGUCUGUCAGAAAUUUAAUUUUUCUAUUGUGUUGAUGCGAAAGUUGUAUUCCGGUAAACAUUAAAAAAAAUAAACAUAAUAAACUUUCUGGCGCUUUAAUAAUAAUGUCUAAGAAGCAUAUUACGAAGACGUGCACAAAUGAAGCGACAAACAAAGAAUGGCAGCGCUGGUGCCGUCUUUGCGCCAAAUAUGAUGGCCACUAUUUUGAUAUUUUCAUUGAGGAACUACGACCAAUGUCUUCUCAGCAGCACCUUACUGCUGCCAUUAACAAAUUCUUUAAGAUACAAAUAAAACCAAGUGACGAACUUCCGGUAUUAUUGUGUGCAGAAUGCUACACUUUCAUUAACUACAUGAAAAAUUAUGCGGAGCAUGUUUCUAAGGUGCAAGCAAUGUACCAUGAUUUGCUGAGCUCAGCCAACACCACCCUUACUGAUAUAAAAGACAUUUAUGAGAAAUAUGGCAUAUUCAAAUUGGAACCAUAUGUGCAGCAUACUUUGCCUGAAUCUUAUAAUUCUAUAGCGCCAACUGCAAUCGAGCAAAUAUUCGUAACGGAUGUGCCAGUAUUAAGAAUUAAAGAUGAAGAAGUGGAAGAGACGCAGACAAUAGUAAAAAAUCUCGAAGCUGAAAUCAAAGUAGAAUUUGAAGAUCCCUUUGCGCGAAAUGCCUCACGAAGUGUAGAAGCGCAUGAGACUAGUGAAGAUAGUGAUAGCAGCGUUGGUAACAGCCACACAUUUUCUUCUGACACUGAAUAUCGUGUAGAGGAAAAGAAAACGGUACAUAUACAAAGCACAUAUGCUAAAGUGAGUUCCAAUAGAAUUUCUGCCAGCGAUAAUGAGAAAAACGAGGGCGGUUACGUCUGUGAUAUCUGCAACCAGAGCUUUGUACAAAACAGAAAUUAUGUAUGGCAUAUGAAGAAUAAACACGGCACAGAAACACCACAUCAAUGCCCGAGCUGUUCAGGUUUCUUCAAAUACAAAAAGGAACUGCAACGGCACAUUAGGAAAAUGCACGCGCCAAAGAUUUAUCCCUGUCCACAUUGUGAGCGGAAAUUUAAGAGAGCCAAAGAUGCCGAAAAUCACAUCAAAGCAGAGCAUGAAGGUGAAGGUUCAUUUAUUUGUGAAGAGUGCGGCGAAAGUGUGCGUACGAAAGAGAAGCUGCUGGAACAUAUGGCCAUACACACAGGCCGUGGCGCAUUCGAGUGUAAAGAAUGCGGCAAAUGCUUUGCGCGUAAAUUCUAUUUAAAGAGACACGCGGAAAUUCAUGGUGACAAACAUGUUUGUGGUGAAUGUGGCUUGGAGGUGACAACAUCCAAAGCACUCAAAUUGCACAGUAAAGUGCAUUCGGAUGAAAUGCCGUAUAAAUGUGAUUAUUGUGGACGCAGAUUUAAACGUUCAAAAAAUUUGAAAGGCCACUUGAUAACUCACACUGGUCUCAAGCCUUUCUCUUGUGAUUUCUGCGAUAAAACAUUUUCGACCGGUUCAAGCUGUCGUUAUCACAAAAAGCAUUUGCAUCCAAAAGAGCUAGCCGAAUUAGAGGCAGCUGGUGUGAAGGCAUAUACCAAAAAUAUACCUAAAAUAGAAGUAUUGAAGGCGAUCACGCAAGCGACUGGAAAAGUGAAGGAGGCAGGUGAUAUUAGUAUAAAUGAUAAGCGCAUAAAACUUCCGAAAUUGGACGCUGAGUUAAUUGAUACGUAAAAUUUAGCACAUAAUUGAAAAUAAAGUUCAAAUUUUAUGUCAAACUGAGCCUGAAAACAAAACAAAUAUUUGUUGUGGCGAUGAAUUUGAAUCAGUUUAGUUUCGUUGAUCCUAAAAACCUUCAGUUUUAAUGAGAUUAGACUACAGAAAAGGUGAAAUGUGAUGUGAUCUUGCUACCACUGAUAAUUCGACUAAAAUUAUCAAAUCCUUCGUUCUGUAAGUAAAAUGGAUCGUGAAGAGCAUAUGUAUGUAUAUGACCCAGUGACAUCUCACCUUUAAACAAACUAGUUUCCGAACGAAGAAAAAUACACAACUUUAAAACACUUUUGUGAUUGUUUUAUUCAUGUUUUGUACAUCUUAAGUCACCAAUUCAUAUUUUAUUUUGUAAAUGUGCGUAGAAAUAUAAAUUUUUUAAAUAAUAAAUACUGGCAAAAAGCAAUUUUCAACAAAUUUUCCUUAGUGCAGUGCAUUUUUAUGAAAUAUUCGACUAUUACAAAAGCUUACAUUUAAACACAGCGUUUCACAAACAUUUUUAAAACAUUGUAAACGAAAAUUUCGGCAUUUUAGUGCUUAAUUGAACAUUAACUUCAGCUACUGCGCGAUUUCGUAUGCCAGUAAUGGGUAUUUUUAUUUUAUUUAUUUUAUGUUUUUGGCGGAGAGCACUCUUUACUCAUAAAGAAAGAUUUAAAUUAAAUGCAGCGUCGUUGAACAAUUAUUUUUCAGUACCCCUUAAGUAAAUGCAGUUGAACAAAAGUUUUGUUAAAACCUUUAAGACACUGAAUCGCGCUUAAAAAUAUCGUAUACACAGUUUGAACUCUAAAUUAAAUUAAAUUACACAAAACUUCUCAAUCAUCCGCAAUAUGCAGAAAUUCAUAUAUUUAAAUAGAGAAAUAAAGUAUUUUAACAAAACAAUAAGAAAAAAAAGCACUUGUUAACAGUUUUGUAUACACAUGAAGUGCAGCAGAGCUAUUUAUAAGUUAUUAUUAUUAUUAUAUUUGUGUAAGUAUGAACGUAUCUUCUAUAUAGAUGAACACAACACAAAUGAUGAAAUAUUUAAUAUUUAAAGCAAGUAAAUAAAAAAUAAAAUAAGAAAAAAAUUAUAAACCCUUCCGCCAAGUCAUUAUGACCAUUAUAAUCCACACACAGCACAACUUGGUGUCACGCUACAACCACAAACAUACAACUAAUAUAGACUUGUCUUUUUCAUGAUGCGUAGAAAUUCAUCCUGAUUCACUACACCGUCAUGGUCCAAAUCAGCUUCAUCAAUCAUUUCACGCAACUCCUCAUCGGUCAGCGUUUCGCCCAGCUCGCGUGCAACACGUUUCAGAUUUUUGAAAGAAAUCGAGCCAGUAUCGUCGUCAUCGAACAGGCGGAACGCUUUUAAUAUUUCCUCUUUAGUGUCCUUCUCAGCCAUUUUCAUUGUCAUCAGUUGUAGGAAGUCAUUGAAUGAUAUGCGGCCAGUGCCAUCUUUAUCGAUUUCGGCAAUCAUUCGUUUGAUUUCUUCUUUUUUCGGCUCAAAACCAAGCGCACGAAUUGCAACCUUCAACUCCUUGACCUCUAUAAAACCGGUGCACUCCGUAUCGAAUAGAUCGAAAGCCUCCUUAAUGUCGGCUUUUUGCGCUUCAGAGAGCUCAAAUUUGGGGCCGGAUUUUUUACGCUGCAUUGUAGAUGGAUGCUGGCGCUUACCCGGCAAAGUAGCGUUUGACGGACUGUGAUCCAUUUUCAAUUAUUUUAUUUCUUCUUUCAACUGGAUUUAAAAUGAAAUAGCAGCUAAGUAAAUAUUAUUUCGUUAAUAAAUUUAUUAUUAAUAGUUUCAACACUUUUCUUGAAAGGUUUGAGUCUACAAUUGAAUACUCACACACUGUUGUUGGCUAUUUGGUGGUAAUUGAUUUGUUGGAAAAUUAUAAACAACGACGCGUUGCUGUGACCACAACAGUGCCGUGACCGUGGUCACCAACGCCCUUAGUGUAGGCUUCGGUUCACCCAGGGACGUGCGCACGUUCUGGAUAUUUCGCUAUCGAAUUUUUUCUUUUGAAAAAUCGAAGUAAGCGCAGUGCGUUCUACGUAUUUCACAAAAUAAAAUUCACAAGGUAGUAAAAGGGAGUAAAACAGGUGGGUAAUUCGUUGUUCUUGUAUACACAAUUUCUAAUUUUAGUAGGAUUCAUUCAACCACUCCUUCCUUAUGUGUGUUCAAUAUCCUUUUAAUUGCCUUUUAGCAAAGGUGGUGUUUUAUUUAUUUUUAUUGAUAUUUCACGGUCAAACAGCUGGCCGUUCGCGGGUAAAACCAACAUUGCCAUAUUAUGCUACAGAUAUGUUUAUCUGUUUUGUGGUUAAUAAUUUUACAAAGAUUUAUUCAUGCUAAUUAUAUGCGUCCUAAAUGAUUUGCGUUACUUCAUAUUUUAGUUUUUUUUAGAUUUCUGAUAAGUUUUAUAUAUACGACUCUUUUAACAUAAACAUCUGUACAAUAUAUCGAAGAGACGUUCAUACAUCGUGACUUUUGAUGUGUUAGUCGCCUAACGAAAUUUUAUUUUAAUAUACAAAAGACUUGUGUAGCAAAGUAAAUAUUGUAAAACUAUUAAAUUAGCCACUUUUAAACCAAUUCAAGACCGCAAUGUUGGGCUUUGAUCAAAUAAAAUAAAAUGCAAAAGGUUAGCGAACGAAUAAUUUGCCAUCACUUGCAAAAUGAGGAAGAAAAAAUAAAUAAAUCAGCUAAGCUAGUUUACAUAUUUACGAAUUUUAGAAAUAACGACAAAUGCAAGAUAUCAACAAUUUCAUUUUUGAUACAAUUUUUUGUAUUGUAACAAAUCAUUUGCUACUUUAUAAUAACGUCUCGAGAAUAAUGUCCCACUCGAAUUUUGUUACCUUCAUUCAGAAAGCGCCUAUCUUCUCAGCAGUAUUCGGACACUGUAAUUUUAAACUUUUUUUACGUAUUGUAUAACUGCCGUCCCUAAAUAAAAGCGGCAGCGGCAAAUUACUGUUAAAAUUCCUAAUGCUCGUAUGUAUAUUUUGUAUGGCGCAUACCUAAAUAAACGCGGCGGCAACGCUGAGCGGUUGAAAAACUCGAUUUGACAGCGCGUUCAGAAGUGAAGUUGGCUGCCGAAAAUAAAGUAAUUCUAAAUUUUCUGAAAAAUUUGCGACCGUUGUAUGUUUGUGCAAAUGGUGAAUUGUGAGAAAAUAAUAGAAAUGGUACAUAUCAACCCUUGUCUCUAUGAUAAAAGAGACAAAAAAUACAAAGACGUUAAGCAUAAAGAGCGGGUUUGGCAAGAAAUCGCCGAGCAAGUAAAUCUUUCGGCAAAAGAGUGUAAAGUAAAGUGGAAGAGUCUGCGUGACAAAUUUAGGAAGAUGAAAAAUUCCGAGGAACUUCCGUCCGGAUCCGGACAAAAACUGGGACCGCCUUGGAAGUAUAUGGCGAGUCUAGAGUUUUUGACGGAAACAAUGGAGCCUACGAGUACAACCAGUAACGGUGAAAUGGACGCAUGUGAACUGUCAGUCGAUAGUCAGUUGUUCCACACCACUACAAAACGUAAACGUUACAGCGAUGGUCUCUUCAAUGAUAUUCUAAUAGCAAUGAAGAGGAAAUAUGAAGAACCACAACCCACAAACAAGGACAAAUACGAGCAUUUCUUCGGUAUGCUUAGAAACAAAUUGGAUAAACUAACAGAAAGUGAAGCUGAUGAUGUGGAAAUUGAAAUCUUAAAUUUGGUUAAUAAAAAAAUUGUUACAUCCAAAAAUACCUCGAAAGGUAUUUUCCAAUGUAGUAAUUUUUCU